ACAGGCGCGUGGACUUUCUGUGGGGACAGACUUCUUCUCCUGGAGCAGAUCAACGUUUCACAAUCUUUCCAUCCCAAACAAAUCAUUUUUUAAAGACUGGAAACCAGGGCGACGAUGUGUGGAACAAACGCUGAUCUGGAAAACAAAGGUGGUGGACGCGUGAACCAGCUGGGCGGCACGUUUCUCAACGGCAGACCUUUACCUGAGUCCAAGAGGAGGAAGAUGAUUGAGCUGGCCUCAGAGGGAGUCAGACCCAGUCAGAUAUCCAGGAUACUUCGGGUGUCUAAUGGGUGCGUCAGUAAGAUCCUGAGCCGUUACCGGCGCACUGGACUCCUGGAGCCCAAGACCAUUGGAGGGAGUCGACCUCGACUCCUCACUCCUGGCGUCAUCUCCACCAUAAUCCAGUACAAGAGGGAAAACCCAACUAUUUUCGCGUGGGAGAUCAGAAAGCGGCUGACGGCCGCGCGCUUAUGCAAAGUCUCCAAAGUUCCAAGCGUGUCCUCUAUAAACCGGAUUUUAAGGAAAAUUCACCUGGACCACGGACCCAUGUGCAUGGAGAUCAACGCGCACAUCAGCACAGAACACGAUUCUGAAUCUUUGAUGCUAGAGGAAGUGACUCACACAGAGACCCAGCGCAGCGAUGACCCAUCGCCCAAAGGCGGCCAGCAACGAAACCGCACCACCUUCAGCCCAGACCAGAGCCGAGCACUCGAGCAAGAAUUUUGUCACAGCCAGUAUGCAGACAUGUACCUGAGAGAGAAACUGUCUGCCAGGAUCAAUCUUCCAGAGGAAACUAUUAAGGUCUGGUUCUCCAACAGACGAGCUAAGUGGAGGAGGGAAACUAAACUGAGUGGACCACAGGCGUCAGACGUUCAGAAGCAACGGGAUUUGGUUCCAGUGAAUCACACGGAGCUGCACAGAUUCACAUCAGAGCAGGCAACAGGAGUGUCUAAAGUCUACUGUCACAACUCCAGCGCCUUAUCCUCCUACAGCACAGGUGCCCUGAAACUGCAAAACAGCCACAUUUCCCCCACAGAAACAGGAAUCAGAGGUUCUGGACGUCUGGCCUCCGUCUCGAUGCCCCCUUCAUUCUUCCAGCAGCCAAAUAACAUGUCGACCCCGAGCACAGACGCGGCUUCACUGGCUCUCCACACAGACAGACACACUUUCCCACUGGUUCACCAUCUCACUGACACCAGGACGUCCCUCCCUCUGAGGACAGAACGGACUCCAUGCUGGAAUCAGCAGGGGAUUUCUUUGGCGUGGAGCCACUUCCACAAAGAUCAGAGGUUCGUGUUCAACCAGCAGCACUGGGACGUCAGUACACACUAGUGCGUCUGGACUAAAUGUAUGACCAAAGUCGUCCAGCAGAGGGCAACAAGUGACUGAAGUUUCUAUAUUUUACCCAACACACACCACUUUUCUUUGAAUCUGUGCUCUUGAAAUGUCAUCAGUAAGAGGAAGUGCAUCCAAUUUAUUUUUUGUUUUAAUCUAUAACUAGUCUCAUCUACCAACAUAAAGUAUUCAGAAUUAACACAAGACUCACAGUUACUGCACUUUUUAUACUGUGUAAGACAUGAAAUGCUCAAUAAAGCUUUUGUUGUUUCACUGAUUUGACAUGUUAUGCACCAAGGUGUUGAUGAAGCUAAUUCAUUCAGGCUUGUUAUUUAAAGAGCUUCAUGAGAUAAUGAAAAGACAGUGAGUUUAAAACGAAAAGAAAAGUGCUUGACACUAAGUGACACGGGCACAAGGAUACAAAUGACUGAAGAUGAAUAAGCAACUAUAUGAA